CUUUUGAAUUCCCUCCCAUACUCCUCGUCUUCAUAUAUUGGAUUAGUAUUAUUACAAUGGCUGCUUCUACCGAUCAGACCGUGUACCGGGCGACCACCACGGCCCCCGUCAACAUCGCCGUUAUCAAAUACUGGGGAAAGAAAGAUACGACUCUGAACCUGCCUACGAACUCGUCCCUCUCCGUUACUCUGUCGCAGCGCUCGUUGCGCACCCUCACCACCGCCUCCUGUGCGGGCAAAUACCCCUCCGCCGACGAACUCAUCCUCAACGGCAAGCCCCAAGACAUCCAGUCUUCGAAACGCACGCUCGCCUGUCUGUCCAACCUCCGCGCCCUGCGUCAGUCUCUCGAGAAUACCGACUCCUCUCUGCCCAAACUGUCCGCCCUCCCCCUGCGCAUCGUCUCGGAGAACAACUUCCCCACCGCCGCCGGUCUGGCCAGUUCCGCUGCAGGCUUCGCCGCUCUCGUCCGUGCCGUAGCCGACCUCUACCAGCUCCCGCAGUCCCCGCGAGACCUCAGCCGCAUCGCCCGCCAGGGCUCCGGCUCCGCCUGCCGCUCCCUGAUGGGCGGCUACGUCGCCUGGCGCGAAGGCACCGAGGCCGACGGAAGCGACAGUCUGGCCGAGGAAGUGGCGCCGGCGUCGCACUGGCCCGAGAUGCGCGCCGUCGUCCUGGUCGUCAGCGCGGAUAAGAAGGACGUCCCCAGCACCCAGGGCAUGCAGACGACCGUGGCGACGUCGAACUUGUUCGCGACGCGCGCCACGACCGUCGUCCCCGAGCGCAUGGCCGCCAUCGAGACGGCCAUCCAGAACCGUGACUUCCCCACCUUCGCGGAGAUCACCAUGCGCGACUCCAACGGCUUCCACGCGACCUGCCUGGACUCGUGGCCGCCCAUCUUCUACAUGAACGAUGUCUCCCGCGCCGCCGUGCGUCUCGUCCACGACAUCAACGAGGCUGUCGGCCGCACCGUCUGCGCUUACACCUUCGACGCGGGCCCCAACGCCGUCAUCUACUACGAGGAGAAGGACACCGAGCUGGUGGCCGGCACCGUCAAGGCCAUCCUGGGCGAGAACGCCGAAGGCUGGAGCGGUCCGUUCCACGAAGCCGUCAAGAACGUCGCGGGCCCCGGUGUCGCCCUCGACAAGGUCGACCCGCGUGCCGUCGAGGUCCUCAAGGGCGGCGUCAGCCGUGUGAUCCUGACCGGUGUGGGCGAGGGCCCUAUCAGCGUCGAGGAGCACCUGGUCAGCGAGUCCGGGGAUGUCCUGUCUCAUUAGGCUUUCCUGGAUAAACUCGUUCCGCGGUAAUUCAGAAGUAUAUGUUAAGGAUACCUACCCUGUUACCUUAUCUUGAUUCGUGGUGAAACUAGAGCGGAUACCCACAUUCUCUUUUGUUUGAGUUAUAUAAUUUUGUUCGUGUGAUAUAGUUUGUAUCGACACAUACUAUCGUACGUCUGUAGGCGUGCGGUGAGAUCCAUAUAUACGUCCAGCGUCGCAAGAUGCUGUUAAUUCCAUGUUUAAUCUUCGUUAGCAAUAUUCCACGACAUCAGGUACUUG